AUGCCUUCGCCGUUCCCAGAGCGCCCAUGGCAGGAGGUAGUGGUCGAUCUUUUCUACCUUAGUGACAAGUGGUUCCUGCUGGUAACGGAUUAUUAUUCAAGAUAUCCGGAACUGGCUCCUUUGACCAACUUAACAAGUUCAGCGGUCAUCGAUCACCUGAAAUCCAUAUUUGCCAGGCACGGAACGCCAGAAGUACUCAUCAGCGACAAUGGACCACAAUUUCGGAGACUUCUGGGCAGUGACUUUGCUACAUUCGCGAAAGAGUGGUCAUUUGGACACAGGACUUCUAGCCCACGUUUUCCACAAAGCAACGGCUUCGUCGAAGCCGCUGUCCGUGUCAUCAAGCUCAGUCUCAAAAAGUCGGACGAUGUGUAUAAAGCUCUUCAGAGCUACCGCGCUACGCCAUUAGGAAAUGGUUUCAGUCCGGCUGAGCUACUUAUGGGUCGCCGUCUUCGCACGUCGCUUCCUACCGCCGCGUCGCUGUUAAGUCCAAAGACACCAGUUCGGAAUCAGUUGCGUCAAUGGGAAGAGCGUCGCAUUGAAAUGCAAAAAAUAAACUAUGACCAGCGACAUGGUGUGCGAACCUUGCCACCCCUACGGCAAGGCGAAAGGGUAUGCAUAACGGACACCCGAUCAAGUGGCGUGGUUCAGGCACCAGUAACAGCGCCUCGGUCCUACAACAUUCAGAUGGACGAUGGUGUACUCCGUAGGAACAGAUAUCACUUGACACCUGUACCGUCACCGUCCUCUGAUUGCCCCCCAAAAGGUCCUUCUGCAGACGCGUCCGACUCUCGGAAGGAACUCGGAUGA